UUUUGACCCUAGCGGGCUUCCGUAGGUGACGAAAAGACAGCAUGGCGACUGUAGAAAUUGUAAGUGGAACACACUGCCGAGGCAAAUAACGUUUUUCUGUGAGAUAAGUGAAAACAACAUAACAUCUAGUGCUGCUGGAGCUGGAGAAUUGACAAUGCCUCGAUACGCGCAACUAGUGAUGGGUCCUGCCGGAAGUGGAAAGAGUACUUACUGUGCCACAAUGAUAGACCAUUGCCAGGCCCUCAACAGAUCUGUACAGGUGGUAAAUCUGGAUCCAGCUGCAGAACAUUUUGAGUAUCCUGUCAUGGCAGAUAUUCGAGAGCUGAUCCAGGUAGAUGACGUUAUGGAGGAUGACUCCCUGAGAUUCGGCCCCAAUGGAGGACUGAUCUUCUGUAUGGAGUAUUUCGCCAACAACUUUGACUGGCUGGAGGAGAGUCUUGGUCAUGUGGAGGAUGACUACAUACUGUUUGAUUGCCCUGGUCAGAUCGAGCUGUACACACAUCUGCCUGUUAUGAAGCAGCUUGUGGAACAGCUGCAGCAGUGGGAGUUCCGUGUGUGUGGCAUCUUCCUGGUUGACUCGCAGUUCAUGGUCGAGACCUUCAAGUUUAUCUCUGGAGUUAUGGCUGCCUUGAGUGCUAUGGUCAUUCUAGAAAUUCCACAAGUCAACAUAAUGACCAAAAUGGAUCUGCUCAGUCCAAAGGCUAAGAAGGAAAUGGAGAAGUAUCUAGACCCGGAUAUGUACUCAAUGAUGGAGGACAACUCUGCUGGUUUGAGAAGCAAGAAAUUCAGAAAAUUAACCAAGGCCAUAUGUGGUUUGGCGAAUCUCAACAUAACACCGACUGUGACGCAACAGUCGGGAUCAUUAAUAUGUACGCCCCCAGCUUUUGCAUAUACCAGCCCCUGUUCAAGGCAGUAUUAAGGUCGUGGAGCUACACAGCCGAAUCAUCAGACGUUCUGCAGGUAUUGUGAAGCAUGCAAGCAAUGACAAUAGCGAAAAUGGCAGAUGGAUCCAUAAUUGUUCAUGAUCCACGAUAUCAUGAUAUAUUUAGUGAUAUUUGUAAAUUGUCUUUCUAAAUGUUUUGUUAGCAUGUUGCUAAUGUACUGUUAAAUGUGGUUACAGUUACCAUUGUUUCUUACUGUACUCACGGAGACCAGAGCCAUGUCUUUAUUUUCAUUUUUAACCCGAAAACGCUUGUAGUCUGUAUAAUUCAUAAACGCAUCUGCAUUCUUAUCGGGUCUCUCCAACUGUGUGUAGCUUUAGCCCCGUUAGCUGUGCAGCACUAUCAAAAUCAUUCAGAAUCAAAUGUUAGCAAACAUCCACAAAAUACAUGCCAUGUGAUCUGAUAUGCUGCAUCACCAACAGUUUGUAAUGAUCCAUUUUGAGAGAUAUAUUGUGAACUUCAGUAUUGUUUAUGCAAAGUUUAAUGGAGUCGCGAGCUUGGGGGCAGGGAGCACGAGCAUUUAAAGGUGUACACACCCCAAAUCAGAGCAUUUGUAAUUCCACCCCAAAACAGGCAGUUAAAACAUGGUAUAAUAAAAAAUCUAUGGGGUAUUUUGAGCUGAAACUUCACAGACACAUUCUGGGGACACCUUAGACUUGAAAAAUGUCAAUUCUAGGGCACCUUUAAGUGCAUCAUCUAGGGCUGAACAAUUUCAGGAAAAAAUUCAGAUUAAAAAUGCGAUUAAAAAAAAAAGAAGCUCCUGUUUUGCUGUGCUUGUUUGUUGGGCUGCAAAAUUUGGCCAAAAAUAAUUUUUGAUUAUUCUAUAAAUCUGACUAUAAAAUGAUAAAAAUAAUUAUUAUUAAAAAAAAUAUUAUUUUUAUUAUUUAUAUUUUUUUUUUAUUAACAAAAAAAAUAGUUGUAAUAAUUCUACUUCACUGUAGACACAUUGAGUAUUUAAUAAUAAUAAUAAUAAUUUUAUUUUACAGUACAACUGUAAAAACACAAUACUAAUAUUUGUCUUCAUUUCUACAUUUUCUUUUUCAUUUUCAAUGACUAAAAAGAUCACUAUUAUCCUUAAAAUAUUAAACAAAUUAAGAAAUAUAUUACUUCAGUGUACACAUUACAAAUUGAAUAUUUAAUAAUAAACUAAAGCUUCUUUUUUGGCUACGUUUAUAAAGAUUGUCAUUACAUCUCAUCCGUGGAAAUGUUUCACUGAAGUCACACACUAGAUUUAUUUAAAUCGCAGCAUUUGCAGUUUGAUAAUCGCAUAGCCAUAUCACGAUUUCGAUUUUGACAAAUCGUUCAGCCUUAGCAUCUUCACGCUGAAAAUAUCUGGAGAUAAAAGUUUUAAAAAAUUUCUUUAGUAAAUUGUUGAAAUUGCACUGUUUUCUUUAGAUUGAUGAUUACAGUAUGGUUCGAUUCCUUCCCUUUGAUCGCACUGAUGAGGAGGGCA